UUGCACUCGGAGCGCUGGUUGUCGCACAGCGCGUUCACUUCCGGCUUGUGGCUCGCCGGACGCUGAGGCCGGUGUGAGAAGGCGAAUGAGUUUAACAUUUUUUUUUAUUAUUUAACACGCUGGUUUGAUUGAAACAAAAGUCGAGACGAUGACAAAGGGAGAGACCGAAGGUGUCCAAGAGGACCAUGCACAGUCAAAGAAGGCAGCAAAGAAACUGCAAAAAGAAGCAGAAAAGGCUGCCAAGAAGGCAGAGAAACAGGCCAAAUUGGCAGCAGAAAAUCAAGCAGGCGAUGAAGAGGACUUCGCUAAAGACAGAUAUGGAAUUCUUCCAAUGAUUCAAUCACAGGAAAAACUGGACCGUGUGUUGGUUCAUGUGAAAAAUCUGACGGAAGAAAAAGCUGACCAGGUGGUCUGGCUCAGGUCCAGAGUCCAUACCAGCAGAGCCAAAGGGAAGCAGUGUUUUUUAGUCCUGCGUCAGCGGCAGUUUAAUGUCCAAGGACUGGUGGCUGUAGGAGAUCAUGUGAGCAAGCAGAUGGUCAAAUUUGCUGCUAACAUCAGCAAAGAGAGUAUAGUGGAUGUGGAAGGUAUUGUAAGGAAAGUGGAGCAAAAAAUAGAGAGCUGUUCCCAACAAGAUGUUGAACUACACAUUGAAAAAAUCUAUGUUAUCAGUGCAGCUGAGCCACGCCUGCCUUUGCAGCUAGAGGAUGCAAUGCGUCCUGAAACAGGUGAUGAGGAAGGAAGGGCGACUGUCAACCAAGAUACAAGACUUGAUAAUCGAAUAAUUGACCUAAGGACGAUGACCAGUCAGUCUAUUUUUCAUCUGCAAGCUGCUGUAUGCCAACUGUUCCGAGAAACACUAAUCAAAAAGGAAUUUGUUGAAAUCCAGACUCCCAAAAUUAUUUCAGCUGCCAGCGAAGGAGGGGCCAAUGUAUUUACUGUGUCCUACUUUAAAACCAGUGCUUACCUGGCUCAAUCACCACAGCUUUACAAGCAAAUGUGUAUUUGCGCUGACUUUGACAAAGUAUUUUGCGUUGGACCCGUGUUCCGAGCUGAGGACUCCAACACACAUCGCCACCUGACUGAGUUUGUUGGGCUGGAUAUUGAGAUGGCAUUCAAUUACCAUUAUCACGAGGUGGUGACAGAAAUUGCCGCAACUCUGGUACAGAUUUUCAAGGGUUUGAGAGAUAGGUAUCAGACUGAGAUUCAAACAAUAUGCAAACAAUACCCCAGUGAACCUUUUAAAUUCUUGGAACCAACUUUGAGGCUGGAAUUUCCUGAAGCUGUGGCCAUGCUGAAGGAAGCUGGUGUGGAGAUGGGUGAUGAAGAGGAUUUGAGCACCCCAAAUGAAAAACUCUUGGGUCGCCUAGUGAAGGAAAAGUAUGAUACAGACUUCUAUAUCCUUGACAAAUAUCCUCUCGCUGUGAGGCCUUUCUAUACCAUGCCAGAUCCACAUGACCCUAAAUACUCAAACUCAUAUGACAUGUUUAUGAGAGGAGAGGAGAUUUUGUCUGGCGCGCAGAGAAUUCAUGACCCUCAGCUUCUGACUGACCGAGCUCUCCAACUUGGGAUAGAUGUAGAAAAGAUAAAAUCAUACAUCGAUUCCUUCCGUUUUGGUGCUCCUCCACAUGCAGGUGGCGGAAUAGGUUUGGAACGGGUCACCAUGCUGUACCUAGGUUUGCAUAAUAUACGUCAGACAUCUAUGUUUCCUCGUGACCCCAAGCGGCUAACUCCUUGAACAUGUCCAAAGGAUAAGAAGACCUGUUGAUCUAUCAUUAUAAACUGGUGUAUUUUUUUUUUCCAAAAAUGAACAGUAAUUAAUACUAAUAAGUGCCAAAAUAACACUCUUUCCAUUGCACAGAUAGUUUGCUAAGUUCACAUUCAAUAAUGCAGUUUUAAAAUUUUAAAACAUCUUAUUAGCCUGAACAUUGAGAUGCUGUAAAGAACAGCACCACUUGACCAUUUCUAAUGUAACAACAAUUUACAAGUUAAUGUUUGAAGACCAUAGAGAGCUUAUUGUAAUUCAUAGAGUUCUGUAUACAGCAUUAUGUUAUAGUUUGCACGUGGGAAUUUACAGGAUGGCUUGCAGUAGUAGCCUUAGAUUGAAGUGAUAGAUCAAAGUAAGAAAAUUACAGGGUGGUGAAAUAGUAACUUAAUGUGGUAGCAAAUUUUCACUUUUAAAUCAAUUUCUAGACUCAACAAAUUGCAAUAAAUUGAUUAAUUACUUAAAAA